AGUCACUAAUUCUUUGGAUAGAUAUCCCGGGACUUUCUACUCCUGCCUAUGUGGAUAUCUCGGAUCAUUCUGGCUGGGCGCAUAUCUAUCUUUACCCAGUGUCUGGUGGUGAACCGAUUGCGUUGACAUCUGGUAACUGGGAAGUCACCGCGAUUUACUCAGUCGACCUUAAGCGUGGUCUGAUCCAUUACCAAUCCACCGAGUGUGAUUCUACAGAACGCCACAUCUUUACUGUGAGUCUUGAUGGAAAGACGAAAAAUGCCCUCGUGGACAUCACCAAGGAAGGAUAUUACAGUGCUAGCUUCUCCCCCGGAGGAGGGUACUACAUCCUGAGUUAUAGAGGACCAGACCUACCAUGGCAAGUGCUUCACAGCAUAGGCUCCGAUACUCCCAUCCGAGUGACGAACGACAACGUCUCCCUCAAAGACAAACUUUCCGCAUAUUCUCUCCCCAAAAUCUCCUGGUCGACUCUCAAGCACCCAGAUGGAUAUGAGCUUAACCUCUUAGAGCGUCUUCCGCCAAAUUUCCGUAAGGGAAAGAAAUAUCCGGUACUAUUUGAUAUAUAUGGUGGCCCGGGCUCGCAGAAAACUGACAAGACCUUUCAACGGACGGUUGACUUUAGCGCAUACUUUGGUUCGGAUCCCGAGUUGGAGUAUAUCAUUGUCAACGUGGACAGCCGUGGGACGGGGUAUAAGGGGCGGGAAUUCCGUACCAUGGUCGCCGGUCAGCUGGGAAAGUUGGAGGCUGAAGAUCAAGUCUGGGCUGCUAGGGAGUAUGCAAAGCGAGACUAUGUUGAUGGGGAGAAGAUUGCUAUUUGGGGGUGGAGCUUUGGCGGGUAUCUCACCGGUAAAGUUCUCGAAUUGGAUUCCGGAGCGUUCUCUUUAGGCAUU